AUGGCUCCGGUGUUAUACUAUGUGGCAUAUGGAGGGGUCGUGUGUGCAGUAGAAGAGUUGUUGAAAAACGGCGCAUACGUCAACGCCCAGGGCGGCGAGUACGGCAACGCUCUCCAAGCCGCUUCAUCAGAAGGUCGCAAAGAGAUCGUCCAGAUGCUUCUUGACAAAGGAGCAGACGUCCACGCCCAGGGCGGCGAGUACGGCAACGCUCUCCAAGCUGCUUCAUCAGGAGGCCACAAGGAGAUCGUCCAGAUACUUCUUAACAAGGGAGCAGACGUCAACGCCCAGGGCGGCGAGUACGGCAACGCUCUCCAAGCUGCUUCAUAUAGAGGCCACAAGGAGGUCGUCCAGAUGCUUCUCGACAAGGGAGCAGACGUCAACGCCCAGGGCGGCCACUUUGGUAACGCUCUCCAAGCUGCUUCAUGGGGAGGUCACAAAGAGAUCGUCCAGAUACUUCUUAACAAGGGAGCAGACGUCAACGCCCAGGGCGGCGAGUACGGCAACGCUCUCCAAGCCGCUUCAUUUGGAAGUCACAAAGAGAUCGUCCAGAUGCUUCUCGACAAGGGAGCAGACGUCAACGCCCAGGGCGGCAAGUACGGCAACGCUCUCCAAGCCGCUUCAUACGGAGGUCGCGAAGAGAUCGUCCAGAUGCUUCUCGACAAGGGAGCAGACGUCAACGCCCAGGGCGGCGAGUACGGCAACGCUCUCCAAGCCGCUUCAUUUGGAAGUCACAAAGAGAUCGUCCAGAUGCUUCUCGACAAGGGAGCAGACGUCCACGCCCAGGGCGGCGAGUACGGCAACGCUAUCCAAGCUGCUUCAUACGGAGGUCACAAAGAGAUCGUCCAGAUACUUCUUAACAAGGGAGCAGACGUCAACGCCCAGGGCGGCGAGUACGGCAACGCUCUCCAAGCUGCUUCAUACGGAGGUCACAAAGAGAUCGUCCAGAUGCUCCUCAAUAAGGGAGCAGACGUCAACGCCCAGGGUGGCCACUACGGCAACGCUCUCCAAGCCGCUUCAUUUGGAAGUCACAAAGAGAUCGUCCAGAUGCUUCUCGACAAGGGAGCAGACGUCCACGCCCAGGGCGGCGAGUACGGCAACGCUAUCCAAGCUGCUUCAUUUGGAGGCCACAAGGAGGUCAUCCAGAUACUCCUCGACAAGGGAGCAGACAUUGGAAACGCUCUCCAAGCUGCUUCAUACGGAGGCCACAAGGAGAUCGUCCAGAUACUCCUCGACAAGGGAGCAGACGUCAACGCCCAGGGCGGCCACUUCGGCAACGCUCUCCAGGGCGCUUCAUAUGGGGGCCACAAAGAGAUCGUCCAGAUGCUUCUCGACAAGGGAGCAGACGUCAACGCCCAGGGCGGCAUCUAUGGCAACGCUCUCUAUGCUGCUUCAUCAGGAGGCCACAAAGAGAUCGUCCAUCUGCUUCUUGACAAGGGAGCAGACGUCAAGGCCCAGGGCGGCGAGUACGGCAACGCUCUCCAAGCUGCUUCAUUUGGAGGCCACCAAGAGAUCGUCCAGAUACUUCUUGACAAGAGAGCAGACGUCAACGCCCAGGGUGGCUACUUUGGUAACGCUCUCCAAGGCGCUUCAUCAGGAGGCCACAAAGAGAUCGUCCAGAUACUUCUCAACAAGGGAGCAGACGUCAACGCCCAGGGCAGCAGGCACGGCAACGCUCUUUAUGCUGCUUCAGAUAGGGGCCACAAGGAGAUCGUCCAGAUGCUUCUCGACAAGGGAGUAGACGUCAACGCCCAGGGCGGCUACUUUGGUAACGCUCUCCAAGGCGCUUCAUCAGGAGGCCACAAAGAGAUCGUCCAAAUACUUCUCAACAAGGGAGCAGACGUCAACGCCCAGGGCAGCAGGUACGGCAACGCUCUUUAUGCUGCUUCAGAUAGGGGCCACAAGGAGAUCGUCCAGAUGCUUCUCGACAAGGGAGCAGACAUUGGCAACGCUCUCCAAGCUGCUUCAUACGGAGACCAUCAAGCAGUUGUCGAGACAAUCAUCAACUCAGGAAAGGUCGAUGUCGAUUCGAGAGACGAGCAUGGUCGAUCGCCGCUGUCGUUGGCGGCUGAGUACGGUCAUAACGCUGUUGUUAACAUGCUCAUCAACUCAGGAAAGGUCGAUGUCGAUUCGAGAGACGAGCACGGUCGAUCGCCGCUGUCGUUGGCGGCUGAGUACGGUCAUAACGCUGUUGUUAACAUACUCAUCAACUCAGUAAAGGUCGAUGUCGAUUCGAGAGACGAGCACGGUCGAUCGCCGCUGUCGUUGGCGGCUGAGUACGGUCAUAACGCUGUUGUUAACAUACUCAUCAACUCAGGAAAGGUCGAUGUCGAUUCGAGAGACGAGCACGGUCGAUCGCCGCUGUCGUGGGCGGCUGAGUACGGUCAAAACUCUGUCCUCAGAACUUUUCUCGACUUGCGAACGGACGUUGUAGCAACGCGCAACGACACAGGGACGCCGCCAGAUGGUACCUCUGACAACGGGCAGUCCGCGGAUAUUUACCAGCAAACAACAGAUUCACUUGUUGUACCAAAUGAUAAAGGCAAUGCAGCAAAUGAGAUCCAUGCGUAUGGCGUUAACGCAAAUUCCAAGGAUGUUGAGGGUGCCACACCAAUUAUAUGGGCCGCGAGAGGGGGCUACGAGGAUGCGGUUCGUCUGCUUUUGUCCCAAGCGACCUUGGAUCCAGAUUCUUGUGAUAAGAACGGCCGUACAACGCUUUCAUGGGCUGCUAGUAAAGGGCAUGUAGCUAUUGUGCAUUUACUCCUUGCGAACAAUAUUGUGGACAUCAAUUCACAAGACCGGGAUGGCUACACGCCACUGAUGUGGGCUAUGCGGAAAUCUCACCUUCGUGUGGCGAAAUUGCUAAUUCAGGGCGGGAGCCGUAUGUCAGACCUUUUGAAAGCCAGCCUGGCUUUUCAGGCGUUCUGGUUGACUCCAGCAGACGAUUUGGAUCAGUUCCUGACCGGCAUUGGUUAUGUCGAAGAUCACGACUUGUUAGGGCUUCAAGCAUUGUUUUCACUUCCUUUGACAUGA